CACGGAUUGGUUCCACUGUGCCAUUUUCCGGCCAUUUGUCGAGAAGAAGUGAGCCAAGGAGGACGUACAUUACUGCGUCCGUUAGUGAGUGAAUUUCAACCAAAACUGUGAAGGAUCCGAAGCAAACAUGAGUAAACGAUUAGCGAAACUUCAUAAGCCCUGCGAUAAGCUGGACAAGUAUGACAACGAGCCGUACAUGCAGAAUCCGCUGCUAAAACUGUUCCUGUCCGAGGUGAAGGAGCGCCGCCAUUACAGCUUUAUACGUAGAAAAGCGGCUCAGGAAAAAAUCAAAAUUUGCCGAAGCACAACGGUCGACUUUGAGGAUGUGAUUCCCCGGCCCCAGUCGUACUACGCGGAGAAGCUACGUGAGCAUGCACGCCGUGCACCGGUUCCAAAAAUGCUCACCAAAACGGAGGAGAAGAUUCUGUCGUACGUUCCCAAGCGUUUGCGCGCGCAGUAUCCCGCCGUACUGUCCGCCUAUAUGACCGAUGUGCACGCCGAGUUCGAUAAGGUAAUGAAGGCGUACAGCUGCCAGAAGGUGCUCAAACCCGGGCCCGAUGAUUACGUGCCCGAGCGGGAAAAGUUUGAAUUUAAGCGAGUCGGUCGAACGGAAAACUUUCGCAACUAUCUCCGCAGCAAGGCGUACAUCCAGAAGAAUCUGUUGUUGCCGAACCCCUUCGUGCGGUGUAUCGUUCAUUAUGCGUACACGGAUCUGCCGGAGUAUCUGAACGACUACGCGCGGUAUCGCACCGGGGAAGAGAUCACUCUGAACGAGUUGCGCGAUCUGAUCAAGAAGGAUCUGCAAGCCGUUGGAGGGUUGAUCGCCGGCCAGUGGUACCCGAAGAUUGUGGCAAUCUUGAAGAAGCAUUACGAACGACGCACCCUUCCCAAGUCCAUGUGGCCGAAGGUGCUGAACUGUGCCGGCGGGUUGAUCAAUCGGCAGCUGAACGAGGCGAAGCUGCGCACCAUUCGGCAUCUGCGCGAAACGCUGCUGAACGUGCGCCAGAUCCCGCAGAUGAAGAUACUGGCCAUCUGCGAUGAUGGAAUCGACCUGUUUCCCAGCCUGAACGACAUCUACAGCGUGUAUCAGAAUGCGAUCGACGAUGUGAUGGCGGUCGCCAACCGGCUGGACUGUCUGGAAACGCUGGUCGAUCCGGCCAGCUUUGAGCCGAAAAGUUCACCCUACUUGCGCGUAGGCAUUGCCGAACGCUGUGUCCAGGAGGCGCACGAACAGAUACAACAGGCUCUAUUGAUAGCCUUCCAGCCGUUGGCAGAGUAUCUGAGCGGGUUUCAGGCCGAGUUUGCGGGGCUGCUCUGUCCAUCCACGAAGGAGGAGAUGGAUGAGUUUCUGUCCGAGCCGAGAUCGUUCGAUGACUAUAUAGAGAAGAUUGAGGAGUUCCAGCUGUAUAAGGAGAAAAUCCGUGCCAUGGUACAGAAGGAGUACUUCCCGAUGGCGAUCGUCAAUCAGUCGGAUGCGAUCGGAAGCUUGCGCAAGAUCGUCGAGCGGUAUAUCGAUCGGAUUGCGAACCAUAUCGCGAUAGAGCAUCGGCGCGAGAUUCAGCGCAUUUGCAAAGAGUUUGAAGAGAUCAAGGAGAAGGCGCUGGAGAUACCGACCUCCACCGAGCAGCUGAUGACGAACGGGGAGUACAUGACGCGUGUCAAGACGGAAAUCAUUGACGAGCUGCGUGAUAAAAUUCAGAUUACCAUGCGCAUCAAUGCUUAUCUGGUGGAGCUUAUGGAACUGCCGGCGGAUCAGAUUGAACUGCAGGUGGAAAGCGUCAACUGGUACUUCCGCAUACAGUCCGUGUUCGAGAUCAACUCGACCAACUUCGAGCAGUACAAGUGUUCGUUCGAGGAGAAGCUGCAGGAAGUUACCAAGCAGCUGAACGAAAAGAUGGAAGACAUGAUACCGCACAUUGCCAUCAUUAACGAUAUGACGGAGACGGAAAAGUUCCGCGACUACAUCGUCGUGCUGCACGGAUACAUCGAUCAAAUCUUCGUGUUCGAGGACUACGUCAAAUGGAUCAACAAGGAGGAGGUGCUGUUCAAGUUCCCGAAAUCGCAGUACGCGGUACUGGAAGCGAUCAAAUCAUUCGUUGUACCAUUCUACAAGCUGAUCCGCCUAUGUAUGCGGUGGCUACGGUACUACAAUGUAUGGAUGGACGGUCCGUUCGAGUACCUGGAACCUCAUUUUGUCGAGUCGAAAACGGACGAAUUUUUAAAAGAAUUUCAAAAAACCCAGAAGUACUACCGGAAUCGCAUCAAGGCGGAUAUGCUAGAGAAUACAUUGUGCAAAUUUAAGGGCCAAACAGAGGAUCCCGAUCCGGAGAAGCACCCCUGCCCGCUUAAACUGUGCGCCCGUAUGUCGCAGUCGAUCAAGGAUUUCCAUCUCGGAGUGUACGUGGUAAAGAUCAUGUGCAAUCCAGCACUGAAAGACCGUCACUGGGAUGAAAUGUCCGAGAUAGCUGGAUUUGAUCUGACGCCCGACGCGGGCACCACACUGCGCAAGAUCAUCGACUACAAGCUGGACAAGGAUCUGGACAAGUUCGAGAUCAUCAGCAUCGGUGCGAACAAGGAGCUGGCGCUGCAGCAAAGUUUGCAAGCGAUGAUUGCCGAAUGGGAAGAGAUCAUGUUUAAGCUGAACCCGUUCAAAGAUACGGGCAUCAACAUUCUAACCGGGUUGGACGAGAUACAGGCCGUCCUGGACGAUCACAUCAUGAAAACGUUGGCCAUGCGUGGUUCGGCGUUCGUCAAACCAUGCGAAAAGGAGGUGAAGGAGUGGUACCAAACGCUAACGCGCGUCAACCGUACCAUCGAGCAGUGGGGCAAGGUGCAGGGCAGCUGGCUGUACCUGCUGCCCAUCUUUUCCUCCAAAGACAUCGUCGCGCAAAUGCCCAACGAGGGGCGAAUGUUUCAGCAGGUCGACAAGACGUACCGCAUGUACAUGAAGACGGUUGAGUCGAACCGGUCCGUGAUAGGGGUGGCCGCGGCCAAGGGCGUCCAGGAAGCGAUGGAACAGUCGAACGAGCUGCUGGAGGAGAUCACCAACGGCGUGAACGAGUAUCUCGAGAAGAAGCGGCUGUUUUUUCCGCGCUUUUUCUUCCUGUCCAACGACGAGAUGCUGGAGAUACUGUCCGAAACGAAGGACCCGCUGCGCGUGCAGCCCCACCUGAGCAAGUGCUUCGAGGGUAUCAAUCGGCUGGAGUUUGACGACCGGCUGGACAUUCGGUCGAUGUUCAGCAUCGAGAAGGAGCAGGUGCAGUUCGUCGAGCCGGUGUCGACGCUGGAGGCGCGCGGCAGCGUCGAGAAGUGGCUGUCCUGGGUGGAGGCCUCGAUGCUGGAAGCGGUGCGGUCCCAAAUUAGCGCCUCGUACCGGGCGUACCCGGAGAAAACCCGCUGCAAGUGGGCCCUCGACUGGCCCGGUAUGGUGGUGCUGUGCGUGUCCCAGAUCUAUUGGGCCGCCAGCAUCCACCAGUGCUUCCGGAAGCGCAACAACACGCUGAUACUGGACCUGUUCGAUCGCCUGCAGGUGGAGCUGAUGGACGUGGUGGCGCUGAUGCGCUCGAAAGACCUGUCCAAUCUGCAGCGCAUCACCGUCAAGGCACUGAUCGUGAUCGAUGUGCACGCGAAGGACGUCGUGCAGGAGCUGAUCAGAAAUCGCGUCAGUUCGGAGAAUGAUUUUCAAUGGUUGGCCCAGCUGCGCUACUACUGGGAGGAGGGCGGUGACGGUGAGUCGACGGCGGCGGCCGUGACGGUGAAGAUCAUUAACGCGGCGGUACAGUUCGCCUGCGAGUAUCUGGGCAAUUCUGACCGGCUUGUUAUCACUCCGCUGACCGAUCGCUGCUAUCGCACGCUCAUGGGCGCCUACCAGCUUCACCUGAACGGGGCACCGGAGGGUCCGGCCGGCACAGGCAAGACGGAAACGACGAAAGAUCUCGCCAAAGCGCUCGCCGUCCAGUGCAAGGUGUUCAACUGCUCGGACGGGCUCGACUACAAGGCGAUGGGUAAGUUUUUCAAGGGUCUGGCGUCAUCGGGCGCUUGGGCCUGCUUUGACGAGUUCAACCGGAUCGAGCUGGAGGUGCUGUCCGUGGUCGCCCAACAGAUCCUCUGCAUCGUACAGGCCGUCCGCGGUGGAGUGCAAAAGUUCAACUUUGAAGGCACAGAGCUAACGCUCAACCCAGCCUGUUACGUGUGCAUCACGAUGAACCCGGGCUAUGCGGGACGAUCCGAGUUGCCGGACAACUUGAAGGUGCUGUUCCGCACCGUCGCCAUGAUGGUACCGGACUACGCGAUGAUCGGCGAGAUAUCGCUCUACUCUUUUGGGUUCAUCAACGCACGCACACUGGCCGUCAAGAUUGUCACUACGUACCGGCUCUGUUCGGAGCAGCUCUCGUCGCAAAACCACUACGACUACGGUAUGCGGGCGGUCAAAACGGUGCUGCAAGCGUGCGGCAAUCUCAAGAAAGCCUUCCCCGACGAUGAUGAGGAGAUCAUCCUGUUGCGCUCCCUGCUGGACGUUAAUCUGCCCAAGUUUCUCGCCAAGGACAUCCCGCUGUUCGAGGGCAUCAUAUCGGAUCUGUUCCCCGGCGUCGAGCUGCCUCGCGCGGACUACGCCGCACUCGAGCGAACCUUCCGUGAGGUGUGCAGUGAGUGGAACCUCCAGCCGAAAGAUACCUUCCUUACGAAAGUGAUCCAAACGUACGAAAUGAUGAUCGUACGCCACGGAUUCAUGAUGGUUGGCAAACCAUUCUCCGCCAAAUCGAUGACACUGCGCGUACUCGCGGCCUGUCUGUCGAAGCUGAAGACUGCCCGCACUGGGAACCCCUACUUCCAGCGCGUUCAGCUCGAGGUAGUCAAUCCAAAGGCAAUUACGAUGGGCCAGCUGUACGGUGCCUUCGAUCCAAUCUCGUACGAAUGGACAGACGGUAUCGCUUCGACGAUAUUCCGUGGGCACGCGAUGGACACCAGUGCCGAUCGGAAGUGGCUCGUGUUUGACGGCCCGGUCGAUGCGGUGUGGAUCGAAAACAUGAACACCGUGCUGGAUGACAACAAGAAGCUGUGCCUAACGUCGGGCGAGGUCAUCACGAUGUCUAGCGACAUGUCGAUGAUUUUCGAGGUGAUGGACCUGGAGCAGGCAUCGCCCGCGACCGUAUCGCGCUGUGGUAUGAUUUUCAUGGAACCGUCCGUCAUUGGGUGGGAAUCGUUCGUCGAGUCGUGGAUUGAGCGGUGCAACAACAGCUGGACCCACGACUGGCACGAUCUGCUGAUGGAGCUGUUCCGCUGGAUCAUACCGGACUGUUUGGAGUUCAUUCGAUGCCACGGUCAUCAGUACCUGCAUCCGGGCGACGUUAAUCUGCUGAUGGCGACGAUGCGCAUCUUCGAGAUGGUGAUCGACGAGGCGUGCCACGAAAGUCCGGACGAGUACGGCAAGUAUCUGUUUACCUGGUUCCAGGCCGCCAUGAUGUACGCGGUCGUGUGGGGCCUGGGCGGAGUGCUUGACAUGGAGUCGAAGGUUAAGUUUGAUGAGUUCUAUCGAGAGAUCUGGAAAGGGGAGCAACAUCCCGUGCCGGAAGCGGUCGGUAAGAUCGAUGUAUCAAUGCCGGGUGAGGGCAUGAUCAUCGACUACGUGUAUCACUUCAAGCAGAAAGGCUCGUGGCGCUACUAUCCCGACAUGGUGCGGCAGAUGAAGAAUGAGGUUGGCUUUACUUUACUCGUGCCGACGCUCGACUCUGUGCGCUAUAUGCACAUUCUGGACAUACAUGUCAAGAACAAAAGGCCACUGUUGCUAGUUGGGCCAACCGGUACCGGCAAGACAUACUACAUUCAAAACUACAUGAUGAGCAAGAUGGAGCAGGAAAAGUUUCUGCCAACGUUCAUCACCUUCACGACGCAGAUCAGCGCGAACCAAACGCAGGACCUGAUCAUCUCCAAGCUGGUGAAGAAAAAGCGUGGCAUCUACGGGCCGCCGGCCGGCAAGACGUGCGUCCUGUUCAUCGACGACAUGAACAUGCCGGUGAAGGAGGUGUACGGUGCGCAGCCACCGAUCGAGCUGAUGCGCCAGUACUUCGACCAGGCGCACUGGUACGACCUCAAGGACACGUCGAAGGUGUACCUGAAGGACAUACUGGUGAUGGCGGCGUGCGGGCUGGUCGGCGGCAGCCGGCAGGACGUGUACGAGCGGUUCCUCUGCCACUUUAACAUCUUCGCGAUCAGCAACUUCAACGACGAAACGAUGUUCAAGAUCUUCUCCGCCAUCCUGCUGGACGGGUACAAGAAGGGCGGCCACGCCUCGGACGUCAUCAACAUGGUGAACAUGAUCGUGAACGCAACGCUCGAUACGUACCAGUUCGCCUGUGCCAAGCUGCUGCCGACGCCGGCCAAGUCGCACUACAUUUUCAACCUGCGCGAUGUGCUGCGCGUUAUUAGCGGCUGCUCGAUGCUGAAGCGCGAGUCGGUCGAGAGCAAGAAGAUCUUCCCGAAGCUGUGGCUGCACGAGUCGAUGCGCAUUUUCUACGACCGGCUGGUGAACGAUGCCGACCGGAUGUUUGUGUUCGACAAGCUGCUGCAGAACAUGAAGACGUUCUUCAAGGAGAAACCGGAAGCACUGAUGCCGGAGCUGUUCGACGAGGUCACCGGGCAGGUGCUGAUGAACAGCUUGAACAACCUGAUGUUUGGCAGCUACUUCGAUGCGGACGCGGAGACGGAAGAUCGGAAGUACGAGGAAACGCAAAACGUGGAACAGUUCCGCGAUCUGGCCGGGAAGGCGCUGGUCGAGUAUAAUAGCUCGCAAAAGUCCAAGAUGGACAUUGUGCUGUUCCAGUACGCGCUGCAGCACCUGAACAAGGUGUGCCGCGUCAUCUCGAUGGCGGGCGGCAGCUCGCUGCUGAUCGGGAUGGGCGGUUCGGGACGGCAGUCGCUCACCAAGCUGGCGGCCCAGCUGUGCGGUCAAUCGCUCUUUCAGCCCGAGAUUACCAAGUUUUACGGCAUCAAUGAGUGGCGCGAAGAUUUGAAGAAAGUGCUGAAGGAAGCGGGCGGUCUCGGGCAUGACACGGUGUUCCUGCUGACCGAGGCACAGCUGCAGGAGGAAGCGUUCCUGCAGGAUAUCGACUGUCUGCUGAAUUUGGGCGAGGUGCCGAACAUCUUUGCGAUUGACGAGAAGCAGGAAAUACUGGAGAUGGUACGGCUGGCGGCGCAGGGCGGCAAUCGGAACCUUGACAUAUCGCCGCUCGAGGUGUUCCAGUUCUUUGUGAAUCGCUGCAAGCAGAAGCUACACAUUGUGAUCUGCUUCAGCCCGAUCGGGGGAGCGCUGCGGACGCGCAUCCGUAUGUACCCGUCGCUGGUGAACUGUUGCACGAUCGAUUGGUUCGAUGCGUGGCCAGAAGAUGCACUGGAGAAGGUGGCCGACAAGUACAUGAAGGAGCUGAACGUGUCGGCCGAGGUGAAGAAGUCGAUCGUUGUGCUGUGCAAACAUUUCCACGUCAUUGCGCGGGACGUGUCGGCCCAGUUUACGACCGAGACGGGGCGCGUAACGUACAUUACCUCUGCGUCUUACCUGGAGCUGAUCAAAUCGUUCCGCAAUCUCACCCAAAAACAUCAGACGGACAUCAUGAACAACAAGCUGCGGUAUCUGGGCGGGUUGGAUCGGCUCAGUGCGGCGUCCGAUGCCGUGUCGAAGAUGCAGAUCGAGCUGAACGCACUGCAACCGACGCUGAUCGUGAUGGCGGAAAACUCGCGCAAGAUGACGGAAGAGAUCGAGAAGGAGUCGCUCGAAGCGACGGCCGCCACGGAGCAGGUGAAGAAGGACGAGGUGGUCGCGAACGUGCAGGCGGCCGAGGCGCAGAUCCUCAAGGCGGACUGUGAGAAGGAUCUGGCCGGUGCGAUACCGAUCCUGGAGGAGGCAAUACAGGCGCUGAACACCCUCAAGCCGACCGACAUUACGCUGGUGAAGUCGAUGAAAAACCCGCCGGAAGUGGUGAAGCUCGUAAUGGCCGCCGUCUGCGUGAUGAAGGGCAUCACGCCGGACAAGGUGGCCGAUCCGGCGACGGGCAAAAAGAUGCUCGACUACUGGGGCCCCAGCAAGCGGCUGCUCGGGGAUCUGGCGUUCCUGCAGACGCUCAAGGACUACGACAAGGACAACAUCAACCCGGACACGAUGCGCAAAAUUCGGAAGGACUUCAUACCGCACAAAGACUUCCAGCCGCACAUCGUCGCGAAGGCGUCGAGCGCGGCCGAGGGUUUGUGCAAGUGGAUCAUCGCGAUGGACCUGUACGACGCGGUGGCCAAGAUCGUGGCGCCCAAGAAGGAGAAGCUGAAGCAGGCGGAGAAGGAGUACGCGGAGACGAUGGCAAUACUGAACGAGAAGCGGCUGCUGGCGGCGAACCUGGAGCGCCGGGUGGCGGAGCUGAACGACAAUCUGGAGAUUGCGAACCGGAAGAAGCAGGAGGUGGAGGACGAGGUGCAGCUGUGCAAGGACAAGCUGCAGCGGGCGGAAACGCUGAUCGGUGGGCUGGGCGGCGAGAAGACGCGCUGGAUCGCGUCGGCCGAGAACUUGCAGCGGCUGUACGACAGUCUGGCGGGCGACAUACUGGUGUCCAGCGGGGUGAUCGCUUACCUUGCCCCGCUGACGGCGUCGUACAGGGGCCGGUGCAUCGGCGAGUGGCACGACCUGUGCGUCGCCAACAGCAUUCCCUGCUCGCCCGAGUACAGUCUGCUCGAAGUGCUCGGUUCGCGCAUCAAGAUCCAGAACUGGAACAUUGCCGGCCUGCCGACGGAUGCGUUCUCCACCGAGAAUGCGAUCAUUAUGGAUUGCUCGUCGCGGUACAGCUUGUUCAUCGAUCCGCAGCUGCAGGCGAACAAGUGGAUCCGCAACAUGGAGCGCAACAACCAUCUGGUGGUGGUGAAGUUUUCCCAGUCCGACUACAUGAAGAAGAUCGAGAGCUGCAUCGAGCAGGGCUACCCGGUGCUGGUGGAGAAUGUGUUUGAGGAGCUGGAGGCACCGCUCGAUCCGAUACUGAACCGGAACACCUUCGUGCAGGGUGGCGUAGAGUACAUGACGCUGGGAGAGAAUGUGAUUCCACUGUCGCCGAAAUUCCGCCUCUAUCUCACGUCGAGCCUGCGCAAUCCGCACUACCUGCCGGAGGUGUACAACAAGGUGACGGUGAUCAACUUUGCCCUCACGAUCCAAGGGCUGGAGGAUCAGCUGCUAGGGAUUGUGGUGGCGAAAGAGCGGCCCGAUUUGCAGGAGCUGCGCCAGAGCUUGAUUCUGCAGGGCGCUAAAAACGUCGCCAUGCUGAAGGACGUAGAGGACAAGAUCCUGAAGACGUUGUCGGAGUGCAAGGGUGAUAUACUGGAGGACGAAAGUGCGAUCAAGAUACUGGACGACUCGAAGCGCAUCUCGAGCGACAUUGUCAAGAAGCAGGAAGAUUCGCGGGAAAUUGAGCAAAAGAUUGAAGCCUUCCGGCAGAGUUAUCGCCCGGUGGCGGUUCACUCCUCCACCCUGUACUACUGCAUCACCGAGCUGCCGAACGUGGACCCGAUGUACCAGUUUUCGCUGGCCUGGUUCGUGAAUCUGUACAUCUACUCAAUCGAGAAUGCGAACCGCACGAAGGAGCUGUACCGGCGGCUCAAGUACCUGAUGGACGCGGUAACGCUUAAUCUCUACAAUAACGUAUGCAGAUCGCUGUUCGAGAAGGAUAAGCUGCUGUUUUCCUUCAUCCUCACCACCAAGAUCAUGAUCUCGUGCAAUCAGAUCGAUCCGGUCGAGUUUCGGUAUCUGCUGAGCGGCGGGGAGAAGGUCGACGCCAAGCUGUCCAACCCAGACGAAAGCUGGAUCACGCCGAAACUGUGGGAGGACGUGUGUCGGCUCGAGCAGCUGUCCGACUUUGCCGGAUUUGUCGAAAGCUUUGCCGCCAACAGGCCAGAAUGGCGUGCUUACUACGAUGCGGAGGAACCGCAGCUACUCAAACUACCUGCACCGUGGGACGAGAAGACGAAUCGCUUCGAGAAGCUGAUUGUGCUGAAAACGGUACGACCGGACAAGUUUGUCCUUGCCAUUACGGAGUUCGUGGCGUCGGAAAUGGGUCCACCGUACGUUGCGCCGCCCCCGUUCGAUAUAGCCCGCUCGUACGAAGAUUCCAACUGUCUAACACCGCUCAUCUUCAUCCUAUCACCCGGGGCAGACCCGAUGAAUGCGCUCCUUCUGUACGCGGAAAAGAUGGGCUUCGAUGAGACGUUCCAGUCGAUAUCGCUCGGACAGGGACAGGGCCCAAUAGCGCAGCGUAUCAUCGAGCGUGCACAGGAGGAAGGAAGCUGGGUGUGCCUGCAAAACUGUCACCUGGCGGCCUCGUGGAUGCCCACGCUCGAGUAUCUGUGGGAGAACAUGGAUCACUACAACACUACGACAUCGUUCCGGCUGUGGCUUACCAGCUACCCGUCGGAGCAGUUCCCCGCGAGCAUUCUGCAGAACGGCAUCAAGAUGACGAACGAACCACCGACGGGAUUGCAGCAGAAUCUGCUCCGCUCCUACCACUCGGAGCCGAUGAACGACGACGCAUUCUAUACGGGCUGCCCGGGCAAGGAUCGAGCCUUCUCGAAGCUCCUGUUCGGUGUGUGCUUCUUCCACGCCGUCGUCCAGGAGCGGCGCAAGUUUGGCCCGCUCGGCUGGAACAUUUCGUACGGGUUCAACGAGUCGGACUUCCAGAUCUCGGUGCUGCAGCUGCAGCUGUUCAUCAACCAGUACGAGGAGAUCCCGUACGAAGCGAUCACCUACCUGACCGGCGAGUGUAACUACGGUGGCCGCGUGACGGACGCAUGGGAUCGCCGAGCAAUCGUGACGAUACUGGAGGACUACGUCAACGACCGGGUGGUGAGCGAUCCGAACUAUCGCCUUUCCCCGCUGGCCGACUGUUACGGCAUACCACUGCGGAACGAGCACCGCGAGUACCUGGCCCACAUCGCCAACAACAUUCCCAACUUCCCGAGCCCGCUCGUGUACGGGCUGCACCCGAACGCGGGCAUUACGCGCGACCUGACCGCAGCGCGCACCCUGAUCGACUCGAUGAUCCUUACGCAGGGUGGCACUUCCGGGGGCAGCGACAGUGAGGUGGAGAAGCAGGUGCUAGCAACGGUGGACGAAAUCUACGCCCAGCUGCCGGCCGAUUUCGAUCUCGAGGCGGCCAAACGGCGCUACCCGGUCGACUACAGUGAGUCGAUGAACACGGUGCUGGUGCAGGAGAUGGAACGGUUCAACGGGCUGUUGCGCGAGAUCCGUUCGAGCUGCGUGAAUCUGAAGAAGGGCAUCGCGGGCCUGAUCGCACUGACGCCCCAGCUGGAGGCGGUCUUUGCGGCCAUCCAGCACCGGCGCAUACCGGGCUCGUGGAUGAAGAAGUCCUACCCCAGCCUGAAGCCGGUCGGUGCGUACGUGGUGGAUUUCUGCGCCCGGCUCGCCUUUCUGCAGCGCUGGUACGACGUGGGCAAGCCGGACGUGUUCUGGCUGUCCGGGUUCUUCUUUACGCAGGCGUUCCUGACGGCCGCCAUGCAGAACUAUGCGCGCCGGCAUCGCAUCCCGAUCGAUAUGCUGACGUACGAUGUCGACGUGCUCAGGGAGAGGAACGUCGGCAAGGCGCCGGAGGAUGGUGUGCUGGUGGAUGGGCUGUUUCUGGAGGGCGCCCGGUGGGAUGUGCCCAACAGUCGGCUGGAGGAGCAGCUGCCCAAGAUGCUGGUUGAUACGAUGCCCAUCAUGCAUCUGGUUCCCGCGAAAAUUGUCGAACUUCAGGAAGGUUCCCGCUACAAAUGUCCCGUAUACAAGACGGCCGAACGGAAGGGCACACUGUCGACUACGGGACACUCAACCAACUACGUACUGCCCGUACUGCUCGGUACCAAGCUGCCCGCCAACCACUGGGUCAAACGGAGCGUGGCUUUACUCUGUCAAACGUCCGAAUAAGUCGGGGCGCAACUUACGAAUUUAAUAUAAAUUUUUAGUGUAGUAUUUCUGAACAACUUUUUUAGGAUUUUUUUGGCUCGACCCAAACAACUGAAGCGAGAGACAUGUAAACGGUAAUUAGUGAAAGCAUUUGUGAAAGUGUUUGCACCAAUAAGCGCACACCCAACUAAGAGCCUUUUUAUGCAAAUCUUGACCCACUGCGCUGAUGGUGGUUACCUGGUGCGGUGUCGUCUCAAUUCCACUACCAGCAGCAAACAGAUAAGAGGACGGGUUGCUGCUGCUGCUGUUGCUGCCACCGAUAUUCAAUUCACUCCCGCGGUAAACUCUUCCAGCAAUGCCACCAUGCGCCGUGUGCUCAACAAUCCCUAACGUAACUGCACAUGCUGCUGUGCGCCACUGAUAAACGCCUCCACCUUAGAGUGACUCAAAACAUCACAUCAAACUAAGCCAACUUCAUUUCAAUAGUCCGCCCAAUCGGUGCGAGAUAUCGGUGGAGAAGAAGCUCGCAAUACA